AUGGAACUUCCAACAAUUCCGACGCCAUCUUCCGUGGCAGAGUACGUCAUAUCUGUUCUCCAAGCUUCGGAAAACACACCCUACAUUGGAGAACCCAUCUCUCAACUCCAACAUUCUCUCCAAUGCGCUGCCCAAGCUGCAUCUGCUUCGCCACCAGUAGAUGAAGCCACUCAAAUUGCCGCAUUACUUCACGAUAUCGGCCAAUACGCACCAGCUAAAGACCUCCGCAAACUCACCGGCGGGGAAGCUAGAAACCUCGGCGGACAAUCAACAGGCACAAGUGUUGGGAGAGUUGGGCACGAGACACUAGGUGCACAAUUUGUUCUUGCGUUGGGCUUUUCUGAGAAGGUUGCACGUCUUGUUGAAUCGCAUGUUGCUGCUAAGCGGUAUCUAUGCGCAGUGGAUGAGAGGUAUUUGAACAGGCUUUCUGAUGCGAGCAAAAAGAGUCUUGCUUACCAGGGCGGGCCGAUGAGUGAUGAUGAGAGGGAUGAGUUUGGUGCUGACGAGUGGUGUAAGGAAAUGUGCCAAUUGAGGGUUUGGGAUGAUGAAGCUAAGAUCGAGGGGCUUGAGGUCAGAAACUUGGAGAGCUGGAGGCCGGUAUUGGAGCGACAAUUAGAAGGAAGACAGGGCAACAUGAUUUAG